AAGUGGUGAAUGGAAAGGAAAAUAAAAGUGAAGCAGAAGUGCAACAGCAAGUUGGCAAGUCGGCUUUUCUGAUGCAAUAAAUUUCCGAAAUUUUAGAAAAAUCUGUUGGAAAUUAGAAAAAGAAGAAUAAAAAAUGGAUCCGAGCACGGAAUUGGGGAUUGACCCCUCGUUGAAGAAGAAGAAAAAGAAGAAGAUUGAUAUCGAUUCCAUGUUGUCUGGCGGUGGGGGUGGUGGUUCCCAAUCUGCGAGUGGAGAAGGUGUGGAGAGAAGUGUCUCAUUUUUGGAACCGGAAGAAGCGCAAUCAAAACAAGAAGGGGGUCAAUCUGAGUUGCUGGAGUCGUUAGAAUCCUUUGGUUUGAAGAAGAAGAAAAAGACCAAGAAACCUACGUCGGCCGCUGAAGUGGACGAACCACUGAUUGUCGUAAUUCCUGAGGAAAAUGAAGAUUCGGAAAUCGGAUUGGAUUUUGGUGUGAAGAAGAAGAAGAAAAAUAAAGUUCUGAUUGGAGACGAUGAAGAUCAACAAAUCGUGGAGGAUGCACCGGACAUGGUAAUCAAUUCAGAUGAUGAGCAGUCGUCGGAGGGUUUACCGACCAUUCGUACCGUAACCUCUGAGAAAUCCUGGCUUACUUCCGACCGUGACUACACGUAUGAAGAACUAUUAACGCGUGUUUUUGAAAUCAUGCAUGCCAAGAAUCCAGAAAUGGCGAGUGGAACGAAACAAAAAUUCGUCAUGAGGCCACCACAAGUUUUAAGAGUUGGAACGAAGAAAACCAGUUUCGUCAAUUUCAUGGAAAUUUGCAAAAUGCUCCAUCGUCAUCAAAAGCAUUUGUUGGAUUUUCUUUUAUCCGAGUUGGGAACAUCUGGAUCCAUCGAUGGUAACAAUCAACUCAUCAUUAAAGGAAAGUUCCAGCAAAAACAAAUCGAAAAUGUGCUCAGGCGAUACAUUAAAGAAUACGUGACAUGUCACACGUGCCGUUCCCCCAACACGAUCCUCCAAAAGGAUUCUCGGAUAUUUUUUCUGCAAUGUGAGGCUUGUGGGAGCAGAUGCUCCGUCGCAAGUAUUAAACAUGGGUUUCAAGCUGUCACGAGCAAACGAGCAGCCAUCAGAGCAAAAGCCACAUAAUUAUUUUACGCUGCUUUUUCCAUUUAUGCGAUUAAUAAAUAAAAUUGAUAUUUACAUCAACAUAA